AAACCGGGCGGGCUCUCGCGACAGGGUGGUAGGAGGAAAGCGUUCUGCGCGUGCGCGGCUGGUCCGGAAAAGGCGAGAGGAGAGGCGGUUUCACAGUGCGGACCCGAAAGGGAAAACGACUAGAGCCUCGAAGUGCGCCUGCGCGGAAAUGGAAGGAGCGUUCUCCCGGCCUCAACCAUAAAGGGAAGCACGCAUGCGCAGCUGUUGGCGAGGGUUUUCAGCGUAGGGGGGUUUGUCUCGGUCUGAGAAUGAACAAGCAGAAGAAGGCAGCAUAUGCUGAGCAGACCACAACCCUUGACAAGUUUGGUUCUGAUAUCAUUGCUGAAAUCGAGAAGCUCUUUGGGAAGAAGUUCUCGUAUACCAAACCACCCAACAAUGAAUGGCAGCUGCCGGAUCCUAACCAGGCUUUUAGCUGCGAUCACAAAGAGUUCAGUUCCCUUGCCUCCUUGAAGGAUUCCCUGAAUGAAGUCAAGAACCAGCUGAGCGACAAGAAAUUAGAUGAGUGGCAUCAGCACACAUCCUUCACCAACAAAGCAGGGAAGAUCAUUGCUCACAUCAAGCAAGCCGUAAAUGCUGAGUUGUGUACCCAAGCUUGGUGCAAAUUCCAUGAGAUCCUGGGCAGCUUCCCUCUCCUCCCAAGCGAUGCUCUUCAAAAUGGCGAACUCAACUCUGUCCAUCUCUGUGAGGCUCCUGGCGCCUUCAUAGCCAGCCUCAAUCACUACCUCAAGUCUCACCGCAUCCCUUGCGACUGGAAUUGGGUAGCUAAUACCUUGAACCCGUACCAUGAAGCAAACGAUACCCUGAUGAUGAUUAUGGAUGACAGGCUUAUUGCAAACACUCUGCCCUGGUGGUAUUUUGGCCCUGAGAACACGGGGGAUGUGAUGACGCUCAAACAUCUCACGGGACUGCAGCAGUUCAUCAGCAACAUGGCCACCGUUCACCUGGUCACAUCCGAUGGGAGCUUUGAUUGCCAAGGAAAUCCAGGCGAGCAAGAAGCCCUGGUUUCCUCUUUGCAUUACUGCGAAACGGUCACUGCUUUAAUGACCCUUGGCCUCGGGGGCUCCUUCGUUCUGAAGAUGUUCACUCUGUUUGAACAUUGUUCCGUUAGCUUGCUGUAUCUGCUGAACUGCUCUUUCGAAGAGGUUCACGUGUUUAAACCAGCCACUAGUAAAGCUGGGAACUCUGAGGUGUAUGUGGUCUGCCUUCACUAUUUGGGCAGGGAGGCCAUUCACUUGCUCUUGUCCAAGAUGAUGCAGAACUUUGGGACGGACAUGGUCGAGAAGGCCCUCUUCCCCCAACACUCCAUUCCGGAAUCUUUCCUCAAAGUCCACGAAGAGUGCUGUUCGUUCUUCCACAGGCACCAAAUCGAGACCAUUGCUGAGAACCUCCGACUCUUUGAGCGCAUGGGCGAGGUGGAGCAGGCGAGGCUGAACGCUUUACGGGAUUGCGCCGUCGAGUUCUUCUUGAAGCGGUUCCAGAUGAAACCUAUUGCCAGAAAUAACUGGCUUGUGAAGAAGCCCCGUGCGGGCUGUAGCAUGAACUCCAAAUGGUGCGGGCAGAGGAACAAAUACUUUUGCACGUACAACGAGAGGAAGAUUCUGGAGUCUCUGACAUGGGAGGAGAAAGUGGCCAAGGGCUGUCUUAAUCAAUGGGCUGAAGAACAUUCCCUCGGUAACGUCGGGAAAAAUUCCAUCUUGGAAGGGGCUUCUUGCAGCCUGGAGUGUCAGUUAUGGUACAUCUUGGAGGGGCAGAGGUUGCCAAGAGUGAAGUGUUCUCCCUUCUGUGAUGGUGAGGUCCUGAAGAGCCUCAAUGAAGCUCUUGAGAAAUCUUUCGUUGGCAGGGCAAGCGUUGGCGCCCUCAGAAGCCUGGCACAGCAAGAGUGCCAAUCUUGCAGUGUUCUUACGGAAUCACUGAUACUGUCUGAAUUGUCUGAACUUAUGGAGGUUCCAAAUGAAGGUUGCGUUGGCCAAAGAACGUGCUUGACUGUAGGCUUCCCAUUGCUUUGUGAUGCCAACAGCCCAUCUGGCUUAGAAGUUAAACGCUUGGAGUCUGCAUCACUCUCAACGUUCAGCUGUUCGUUGCUUCACGACGGGGAACCAAAAUACCAGCAGCAGCUCCUGGAGUGCCUUUUGCGUUCGUUCCCAGAGCUUCAGGAAGGGGACGGUUUGCUCCUGCCCCUUCUUUCUUGUUUUACGCGCUUCACUGCUGGCUUGGUUUUCAUUCUGCACAGUUGUUUCCAGCACAUCUCGUUUGCUUGCCCAACCUCAUCUCAUCUCUUAGGGGCCAGCGCUGUACUGCUUUGUGCUGGCUACCAAGGUCUUCCAGAUCCGGUUUUCCAAUACCUGCAGCAGCUAAAGAAGCUCAUGGGUGUACUGCUUGACUCGGACUCCCCGCAGCAAGUCUUGCAGUUUGUGCCUAUGGAGAACCUUCUAAAGGGGCAGUUGCUGGAGUUUCUGUGGGACCUAAAUACCGCCAUUGCAAAGAGACAGCUGCAUUUGAUUGUCCAAAUCGAGCAACAGCAAAUGACAUGACUUUUCGUUCAAAGCCGCAAGUUGCCACCCCCUUUUUCACCUAUCUGCUGGGGGGGAUGAUGCUUCUUUUUAAACCACAGGGAACCCUUUUUUAAUAUAUGGUAUUUUGAGACAAUAAGUUCUCCUCUGCUGUCCUUUGUACUUUACUAUCCUACUGCUUUAGUCUCUGUUUAUAUACAACUUGUGAGGCCCUGGGGAAAUUUUCUUAUACAGGAGCCACAGCUGUAAUGGAAAAAUAGUCCUUUUCUAUGCCUAACUGACUUAUAAGUUGGGACCAAAUCUGCCUAGCUUAGUGCUUCUUCAGAAGUGGCACUGGCUUCCAUUAAAGGUGCCUUCAGCUGAAUACAUAGCUGGGAAGUGUAUGCUCAUCGUGUGGCUGCAUGCGCAGAGCAAAUCACCUGAAUCUUUCCCAACUGAUCGUUGCCCUUUGUGGAGAGCAGCAAUAAUAAUAAUGACCCAUUUGACAGAGUUGCUCCACCUGAUAUCACUUGAUAAAGACCUGUACCUGCUUGGCUGGUUCAUGCAUCUGACAGGUGCUUCUACGGUGGUAUUAGAAAUUAAAGGCAUCCCUUCCACUAGACUCGCCUGGGUUUUGUAUAUCUGCUUCAAACACCCCUUUUAACUGUGAACCUAAUUGUGCCUUUUCAGUGCUGUUGAGUGUUUCAGCAUAUGUGAUCUUACGGUAAAACAUUUAACCCACUUUUCCAGUUCUCCAAGGCCUUUCCACUCCUGUCCUGGAUUACCCUUCUGCGUUUCUCUAAGAACAGACCCCAGGGUCAUAGCGGGGACAGAACUCAGGUGAAUGUGCAGGAAGAGCUUCUGUUAUGAACAUAAAAGCCACAAGCUUGAGUCAUCAGGAAAGUCCCUGUAGACUCUUACUGUCUGUCAGACAAAGGCGGGCCUUUGUUCUUCUUCCACCUUCCCUUUGCAAUACAAGAUAAAUGGAAUUCUGGCAUUGUUUUGGUUUGGGAACUGCCUGUUUAAUGUGGGAUAGUGUGAAUCUUGGACACAUUUUUCCAUUUUUCACGGUUUCAGUUCACCCUUUCCUCAUUCGGGCGCAGUGAGUGUGUUGAAAUGGCUCAGAGCUGCAGGAUCGGAUCCUAACCACGCUGUGAGCAGCUGGUCUGGAAGAACAUUGGCCAGCAAGGGGCUGUUCAGGCAGUGUUAGCAUGUGAAUAACAAGCAGCUAUUGAGUAUCUGUCAACCAGCGAGAGCAUUCAGCUGGCUGAAACUCCCAGUGCUGUUAUGGAAGCUGCAUGCAGCCUUUCCACCUGAGAAGUUGUAUCUUCUGCACAACUGCCAAACAAAUACCUUAAAUUAGGAUCCCUUGGGAGGUUCUCCUGUGCAAGCCCUACCAGAGCAGACAGGAGCUGUGUGACUCUCCUUCACUAUGAGGCUAGGCCGUCACUUCCUAGUAAACUGUGCUCCUAAUGUGCCUGUGGCCUUGAGCUAAUGUCCGUAUCCAACCCUGCCAUUGUGCAAUGAGGAUAGGCCUCUUGCUUGCGCAACAGGACUUCCCCUUCCUUUUCUCCUCCUUGCAGCCUCCCACAUGCCCCAGAAAUCUGCUCUAGAGGGUUGGGGGAACCCUCCGAAGCAGAUUUUGGUAGUGCUGGCUGCAGGGUGAAGAGGAGGAACACUCUGCAUGAGCAGUGUUGAGUGCAUCAUGGUUGCAGAGGGAAAGUGAAGAUGUGCAGUUUCGCCACUGUAAAAUGCAUCCUCUCCCUGCCAGGUUACACUUUUUUUUCCUUUUUUGCAAUAACUAAGGUUUUCAGCCCUCUGUUUGGUGAUUAUUGGUCCACAAGUGUCCACAAUCUUGUAGCUCAGGCUCUCUCAGUGCCCUUAGAUACGAAUUUUCCAGAGAGAAUUUUCAUUCCUUUUCACCUGUAAGUUCAAUGUAGUGUAUUUUGAGGAAACUGGGUGUUUCCAGAUGUGCUUGAUAAGCUGGAUUUGGUGAAAAUCUCCAGAUGUUGUUUCCCCCUUGAUUUUUUAUUUUUAAAAAUUCUUUAUUUUAAGCUUCAAAAGGAUGGUUGACAUUGUUUUGAAACAAAUGGUUGGCGCCUCAUGUUGCUACUUUGAUUUGGCUCCUCUUAUUUCUGUUUUGAGCUUUGUAAAUUAUGAACAGCAAGACAGUUUGAUCUAGAGGAAACUAAGAAAAAAUGAUUUUGAAAAUACAAUUUUUCUUUUAU